ACUGUUUCAACCUCUGUUACCAGCUCACCCUCGCCACCCGGGAGCCCGUGACGGAGGAAUGCCUGACCCGAGCCCUUACGCAUCUCUUCAGAAAGGUUCCUCCCUUGCGCAUGUGUUAUGGGCGGAGAGAUGGCGACACGUGGCUCAGGGAGAUGGCAAAGGAGAUCGUUGACUUCGAGGUGGUUCCAGAUACCACGAUGAGAGACAUGCAUGACAAACUACAGCAUCGCCACUACGACACCUGGACGGGCCCUUUGUGGUGUGCUCGGCUCUGGCCACGACCGCGUUCCUCUCUCCCAGAUGAGGAGAUGGGAUUUGAUAAGUCUCGAAUCCUCGUGUCCGACGAGAGGACAAAGGCGCUAUUGGAAGAGCGAAUAGCAAAUAUGGAGGCUGAGCCUGAAGUUAAGCAACGGUCACUGGAUGAUUACAAUGCUCGCCACACAACACACUCUAUGAUAAAAUCGACAUUUAAAGGUGUGGCCGACAAAGUAGGAAGGAGUUUGCUGUUGGCAAGGGAUGUGGACGUUGCCACCACCAGCCAAUUUGUGAAACGUUGUCGCACUGAAAACGUUACUGUCAACUCGGCCUUCACAGCACUGGCAAACGUGGCCUUGGUGGACCUCCUGGUGGAUGGGGGCCUUCGACAGGACACGUACAACAUUCGUGGAGACCACAUCUUGAAUGCUCGCCGAUACUGGGAAGGCGAUGCGUCUCACUAUCUCGGGUGCCACAUUCUGCCUCAGUUGGCAGUGAUUGUCCCAACACCACGUGAAAUUGGUGGAAAAUUCUGGGAUUACGCACGGCUGGUGCAUGCAGAUAUGAAGCAGAAAAUAGAAGCUGGAACAGCGCUUCAAGAUGAAGCAGUGAGGCACUUUAUGCCAGAGAAAACAGUCAUGGAAACCAUUUUUUCAUGCGAAUUCGGUGUAACCAACAUGGGAGAUGUGACGAAGUUGGUGACGGAAGGUGGCGAACAUGUGCAGGCGGUCCAUGUCCUGAGAUCUGUAAACCUGGAUGGUAUUCCUUCCACUUGCAGCAAUCUUUGCCACACUUUCCGCGGUCGCUUUAUCCACGUUCUCAGCUACAACACUGCAUCUGUCACCACGCAGAUGGCGGAGAAAUUCUGCGACAGUCUCUUUAACCAGUUGAGAGCAGUCAUAUGAAAGUUUUGAUGCAUGUGAUAUCUUUAAUUAUAUUGUAAAGAUUUAUCUUAUAUAAAUGACUUUUUUAUGAUACUGAUAAUAAACUUCACAAGAAGUAAUAGUCUCAAAACCUAGUUUGUGGUAAUGUGUACGAUUAUUUUAGCUUGUUCACUUUCACA